GACUUGGGGGCACCCGCGUCGUGCCUCCUGGGCUGUGAGGAGUCGCCGCUGCCGCCACUGCCUGUGCUUCAUGAGGAAGAUGCUCGCCGCCGUCUCCCGCGUGCUGUCUGGCGCUUCUCAGAAGCCGGCAAGCAGAGUGCUGGUAGCAUCCCGUAAUUUUGCAAAUGAUGCUACAUUUGAAAUUAAGAAAUGUGACCUUCACCGGCUGGAAGAAGGCCCUCCUGUCACAACAGUGCUCACCAGGGAGGAUGGGCUCAAAUACUACAGGAUGAUGCAGACUGUACGCCGAAUGGAGUUGAAAGCAGAUCAGCUGUAUAAACAGAAAAUUAUUCGUGGUUUCUGUCACUUAUGUGAUGGUCAGGAAGCUUGCUGUGUGGGCCUGGAGGCCGGCAUCAACCCCACAGACCAUCUCAUCACAGCCUACCGGGCUCACGGCUUUACUUUCACCAGGGGCCUUUCCGUCCGAGAAAUUCUCGCAGAGCUUACAGGACGAAAAGGAGGUUGUGCUAAAGGGAAAGGAGGAUCGAUGCACAUGUAUGCCAAGAACUUCUACGGGGGCAAUGGCAUCGUGGGAGCGCAGGUGCCCCUGGGCGCUGGGAUUGCUCUAGCCUGUAAGUAUAAUGGAAAAGAUGAGGUCUGCCUGACUUUAUAUGGCGAUGGUGCUGCUAACCAGGGCCAGAUAUUCGAAGCUUACAACAUGGCAGCUUUGUGGAAAUUACCUUGUAUUUUCAUCUGUGAGAAUAAUCGCUAUGGAAUGGGAACGUCUGUUGAGAGAGCAGCAGCCAGCACUGAUUACUACAAGAGAGGCGAUUUCAUUCCUGGGCUGAGAGUGGAUGGAAUGGAUAUCCUGUGCGUCCGAGAGGCGACAAGGUUUGCUGCUGCCUAUUGUAGAUCUGGGAAGGGGCCCAUCCUGAUGGAGCUGCAGACUUACCGUUACCAUGGACACAGUAUGAGUGAUCCUGGAGUCAGUUACCGUACACGAGAAGAAAUUCAGGAAGUAAGAAGUAAGAGUGACCCUAUUAUGCUUCUCAAGGACAGGAUGGUGAACAGCAAUCUUGCCAGUGUGGAAGAACUAAAGGAAAUUGAUGUGGAAGUGAGGAAGGAGAUUGAGGAUGCUGCCCAGUUUGCCACGGCCGAUCCUGAGCCGCCUUUGGAAGAGCUGGGCUACCACAUCUACUCCAGUGACCCACCUUUUGAAGUUCGUGGUGCCAAUCAGUGGAUCAAGUUUAAGUCAGUCAGUUAAGGGGAGGAGAAGGAGAGGUUAUACCUUCAGGGGGCUACCAGACAGUGUUCUCAACUUGGUUAAGGAGGAAGAAAACCCAGUCAAUGAAAUUCUUGUAAACUUCCAUUAAGUGUGUAGAUUGAGCAGGUAGUAAUUGCAUGCAGUUUGUACAUUAGUGCAUGAAAAGAUGAAUUAUUGAGUGCUUAAAGAUUAUUUUUGACUUAAAACAGUAUACUUUGAACAAAUACUCUAAUUAUGAAAAGGAAGAACAAUUCCUUGUAUGCCUGUUUCCCCUGCCCCCACUCUAAUUAUGAAAAGGAAGAACAAUUCCUUGUAUGCCUGUUUCCCCUACCCCCAGCCACCUUUUUGGGAGGAGACCAUUAUCGCGGGGCCCCUCACAGCCAUACUUAUGGUAACAGCCCACAGCAUUCUACCAACCAUAGCACCCACCCCGAGCAGCGCUGGUGCUGCAGCCUGUUCGCGCUGACCAUCAUUUCUCUACAAGAUACAAUAUUUAUUAUCAGGCAAGAGGACAGUUCCAUUUUAAAAUAAGACUUUUGUAAUCAUUUCAAUGUAAUACCUGUAACGAUUGGCAAUUUGUUAUAUAUUAGUCUAACCAUAAAACUCUUCAAAAGUAACCAGUUGGAUUAAUAAAUGAUUCCAGAAUGUAAA